UCUGCGUCCUUGUUAUAGAAGGCUCAGACCAUCUCUCGGGCAGGUCGGCACUUUGGUCCUGUGUGAGAUUUGAGCAGGCAUUGCGUGGGGCAGCAGGGCCUUCUGGGUCCUUGCUGUUGUCGGAACAGGCUUUCGAGCAAGACCACUAGAAGGUUGUACGCAUCCUCGGGAGUAGUGAGGAGGCGGAGGAGGAGAAGAUGGCGGACGUGCUGAGCGUUCUGCGUCAGUACAACAUCCAAAAGAAGGAGAUCAACGUGAAAGGAGAUGAGGUUAUCUUCGGGGAGUUCUCCUGGCCCAAGAAUGUUAAGACCAACUAUGUCAUUUGGGGGACAGGAAAAGAAGGGCAGCCCAGAGAAUAUUAUACACUAGACUCCAUUUUGUUCUUGCUCAAUAAUGUGCAUCUUUCUCAUCCUGUGUACGUCCGACGUGCUGCGACUGAAAACAUUCCUGUGGUUAGAAGACCUGAUCGAAAAGAUCUCCUUGCAUACUUAAAUGGAGAAACAUCAUCAUCUGCCAGUAUAGACAGAAGUGCGCCACUUGAAAUUGGUCUUCAGAGAUCCACACAAGUGAAGAGAGUUGCAGAUGAAAUAUCCGCUGAGGCAAAGAAACCAAGAGUAGAGGAUGAGGAACGUGUACGUCUUGACAAGGAGCGAUUGGCUGCUCGAUUGGAAGGCCAUAAAGAAGGCAUGGUGGCGACAGAACAGAUUCGAUCACUCUCAGAGGCUAUGUCCGUUGAAAAAAUUGCUGCUAUCAAAGCAAAAAUCAUGGCAAAGAAACGAUCCACCAUCAAAACUGAUCUGGAUGAUGAUAUAACUGCCUUAAAACAAAGAAGCUUUGUGGAUGCUGAAGUCGAUUUCACCAGGGACAUUGUGAGCAGAGAAAGAGUGUGGAGAACGCGGACAACUAUCUUACAGAGCACCGGCAAAAACUUUGCUAAGAACAUAUUUGCAAUACUUCAGUCUGUGAAGGCUCGCGAAGAGGGCCGUGCUCCUGAGCAAAGACCAACUCAAACCACAGCACCAACUGAUCCAGCAUUAAGGACCAAUAAACCAAUCCCAGCAGCUUACAACAGAUACGAUCAGGAAAGGUUCAAAGGAAAAGAAGAAACGGAAGGCUUUAAGAUUGACACUAUGGGAACUUACCACGGCAUGACACUGAAGUCUGUGACUGAAGGUGCAUCUGCCAGGAAGACACAGACUCCAGCUGUACAGCCUGUGCCACGACCAGUUUCACAGGCAAGGCCACCUCCAAAUCAGAAAAAAGGGUCACGCACACCCAUCAUCAUUAUACCUGCUGCUACCACUUCUUUAAUUACUAUGUUAAAUGCAAAAGACCUUCUGCAAGAUCUCAAGGAUCGUGUUGUGGCAGUUUUUGUCCAAGGACCGGCUUGGCAAUUUAAGGGCUGGCCGUGGGUGUUGCCGGAUGGCUCGCCUGUAGACAUAUUUGCAAAAAUUAAAGCUUUCCAUCUAAAGUAUGAUGAAGUUAGACUUGAUCCCAAUGUGCAGAAGUGGGAUGUGACGCUUUUGGAAUUAAGUUAUCACAAACGGCACUUGGACAGACCUGUGUUUUUAAAGUUCUGGGAGACUUUGGACAGGUAUAUGGUCAAAAACAAAGCCCAUUUAAGAUUCUGAAAAGCUUUGGAUACUCUUCAUUUCUACGUGGGAAGAAAGGAUUGUGACUUCACUUCCAUCUAGAGAUUAGGACUCUAUUUGCAUUUGUCCAAUGAACCUACCUUGAAUAUACCAGAAUUGCCACCAUUUUUUGGACAAUUUACCAUCAUUUACAAAAAAAAGAGGAAUAGCAUACUAUUUUUAAAAAGAAAAAAAAAUAAGGUUUUCAAUGUUUGCAAUUCGAAUUGUAUAUUUUGAUAGCAGGGAGAGCAUUUGUUUUAAACAAAUUCUUUUUGUUUUUUUCUUUUUCAAAUACAGUAUACUGAUGUGGCUGUAAAUAUUACAUUCUUGUACUCCAUUGCUUUUUCCUUUUUUCGGAAUUAGUCUGUUACCAUAAAAGAAAUUUCUGUGCUGUUUAGCUUACACAUUUGCCAAAUCUGUUUCCGUAUGGCAUCAGGCGUGCUCAUUGGUAGGCGGUGUGAAGAGAAGCAUACAGCUUUGUAUGUGGAUUAAAGUGAUAUUCUUUGUGUUUCUAAUAAAAUGGUAGAUACACACA